AUGUGGUGUUGACAUCUAUAUACCUUAGGUAUCUAUUUUUAUACAUAUGUAUAUACAGGCGGUAGACCUCGUCGGAGAUGGCGGGACGAACUUGAUGCCUUCGACAGAGACUGGUGGGAGACUUCCGAGGAUAGGGACACGUGGAACAAUAAGAGGGAGGCCUUUGCUCAGCAGUGGGACAAUAUGGGCUCAUAAUAAUAAUAAUGUAUCUACAGAACACAACGAACCGUAAAUGUACGAGUAAAUAGGUAGGGGCUAGGGAAAGUUCCGCUGGUUUAAAUAGAAAAUUGUACUCGUACUUCAGGUAAAAGAUCGAUCGUUGAAUUGGCAUGACACCUAAAGUACCCAAACUAUGACAUCCAAUUAUGUAUUGCUGUUUUCACUACUAUGCAUUAUUAAUAUUAAUUUUAUCAUGCCAAUGAUCAGUACAGUGGAUCAUGUGGAACGGACAAAUAGAUAAACUUGCCCUCAUGGAUAAAACAUCCAUUGAGGAUUGGGGAACACCUCAGCUAUUAGCUAUUAGUUAGUAGGUUACCUAGCGACAUCUUUAUCGAUUAAAUUUACCGGAGAGGAAGACAGCUCGUAAACAAAAUUAUCCCGUAAUGGAAAAACCAGAGAAGACUGAAAUCCAAUAUGAAUACACCAAAAAAAGAAGAGAUUUCGGGAGACAAUGCCUAUUCGAAGACUACGGACCGGAAGUGCUCAUCAAUAUACCAAACAACCCGGCGCAUUACAAGAAUUACAUAUUGCGAAAUCCAGUGCAUGUGGCUAUACAAAAUACCAGUAGCAUGUCAGAGCAUUGGGUUAAUUCUGUAAGAGCCGAAUACACGAGUUCCGGGAUAAAUCACAUAGAAGGCGGUUGGCCUAAAGAUAUAAAUAUGAAUGAUCCCGAGGCAACGCAACGCUACCGUCGCAAGAUCGAGAAAGAUGAUGCGUACAUACACGCCGUUAUGCAUUUGGGUCAUAGUAUGGAACACAACAUCCUUCAGAACCACGCAAUCGACAUGUACCAGACGUAUUAUUCCGAACUCCCCUCGAUUCCACCGGUGGAACGAAGCAGUUGCCAUACAGUGAACGUGUACAGAGAGCCAGGGACCAGAAGGCCCGUGCGAUCACUGUCGUGGCAGGCCGAUGGAGGGGCUCGAUUGGCAACUGCGUAUGCCGAUAUAGACCUGAUGAGGAAUAGUCGAACUCCGCAGGUCUCUUAUAUUUGGGAUAUAGAAAAUGCCAAUGCGCCGGAGCUAACGAUAAAACCCACGCAACCACUUCUCGAUUUGCAGUACAAUCCACGAGACCAAAAUAUACUGGUUGGAGGGAUGCUGAAUGGCCAGGUGGGUUGGUGGGAUAUGCGUAAAGGGGGCGAAGCAGCAGGUGUGUGUCCUCCUCACGUGGCCCACCGGGAUCUCGUCAGAAACGUUUUAUUUAUCAACUCGAAGACGGGCGCUGAAUUCUUCUCGUCCGGUCCUGAUGGCGUUGUAAAAUGGUGGGACACACGGAACAUGAGUGAACCAACAGAUUCAAUGAUUAUAGAUCUAGUCAAGCUUCCAACUGACACACAAAGCUUUGAAAAUUCUUUAGGAGUAUCCGCACUGGAAUACGAACCAACUAUACCUACCAGAUUCAUGGUUGGGACUGAAACUGGAGCAGUGAUAGGUGGAAAUCGUAAAGGCAAAAACCCUCUGGAGAAAUUGCCAACCAAAUAUGAAGCCCAUCUUGGUCCCGUUUACGCUCUGCAGCGAAACCCAACAUUCCUGAAAAACUUUCUGACGGUUGGCGACUGGACGGCUCGAGUAUGGAGCGAGGACUGUAGGGAGUCCUCUAUACUUUGGACCUAUUCGCAUCGUACGAAGCUCACGGAUGGUGCUUGGAACCCUAUUAGAUUUUCACUUAUGCUAGUUACGCAAUGGGAUGGAUGCUUAUCGUGCUGGGACCUGUUGCGAAGAAGGAGCGCCCCAAUAGUCACAGCACAACUAUGUGAUGAACCUUUACUGAGAGUACGGCCGCAUGAAGCGGGUCUCCUAGUGGCGUGUGGGAGUAGCAAAGGAACAGUAUAUCUGGCAGAACUGUCACAAAACUUGGGAACAGCUGACAAGAACGACAAACAGCUACUGACUUCUAUUUUAGAACGAGAAAACAAACGUGAGAGAAUACUAGAAGCACGAAUGAGAGAGUUGAGACUGCGGAUGCGUCAAGACCGCGAUGGUGGACCGCAGGCCACGGAGGCCGACCACACCGCCAACGAUAGGGACCUGGAGGAAGCUACGGCGGAGUAUAUGCAAACCGUUAGCGAAUUACAAGCCCAACAACAAAAGACACAAUGAAUAAUCAAGUUUUUCUAAUCAAAGAUUAAGUUUGUUUUUCUCGGUCUAUUUGUUUGUGGUAAGUUAUGGAAAUACUUUUCGUGAAGGUAACAAGGCUCGCCUUCGUCGCGCAUUGCGGCUAUAAUUGAGAUUUAAGAAGGACCCUUAUUAUCUAUAUAGAAAACUGUUGAACACAUACUGGAAUGCGCUAUCUCUAUGCCCUUGUCCGACAAACAUGAGCCACCAUACAUAGGUACGGCCUAACUUAUUUUUGACCCUUGACAAAAAAAGAGAAGUGUUAUAAUUAUACUUAAGGGCUCCCCGCGGUUUACAUCGAUUUUUGACUAGUUUUGAGUGGUUACUCCUACAUUUGCACUAUAAAUAGAAUUAUAAGACAAACGGCUAUCGGUUCUUUCAUCUUUUGUUUCCAUUCUGGUCUGCCGGAUUUUGAAAAAAAUGAACACUUUUUUUUAUAUUGUCUAAAAAACACUUUUUUCGUUACUCGAUUGCUGUUAAGGAUUUUACAUGUACGAAAUCUACACAUUUGGGUUCGUCUUCGACGUCUCUAAAAACUGGUCAGAGAUUUUAGUUUUAAACUAAUUAACACAAAAGUUAUGGCCAGUAAACCAGUUUUUUGGCCUAAAAUUGUUCAACUUUGAUGCCUUUGAAGUAAAUAUGUGACACUAUACUGGUUACAGCCGUUGCUGUUAAUAUGAUAAGCUAACAAAAAACAUUAGAAAACUAAGGGAUUCAGAUCGAAGGUCAUUGGCGUUGAGGACCCCCUUAAGUUCAUCGUGAAUAUCGUGUUUGUGCCAUCGAAGGUCACCAACGGAUGAACGGAUUUGAGCGCUAUUUUUGUUUAAUCAAGUGUUGUCUGUCAAUACGAUUAUUAGAUAGGUUUCAGCUCACAAGAUAG